CGUAUGGGCUGCUGCUGGGGAAAAGUGCGCUCGACUUGCAAGUGUGAAAUUUAGUACUGAAAUAUUUAUAAAGCAUAGAACAACAGAAAGUGCAGUGUAAACUGAAGUAACAAGGUAGUAGAGGUUGAAAGUAAUUAACCGGUAACGACUGUUAGUGCUCCCACAAGAAGGUUACUGUUAGUGCACAACAAGCGUAGCAUUAUUAACGAAAUUUUAUAGUUUUUGCAACAAAAAUUAAAAAAAAGUUACGAAAACAAGAGCUGUGCAAGCGCGAAUGUUGAAUUAUGCUUGAGCUUCUCUGACUAUUUGUUUUGCUCCUGAAUUCUUUCAUUACUGUGUGAAAAGUUCUGUUAUUAUUCAAGUUGUAAAGUGCACAUAAAAAAACGCGCAUUGAAAAUUCAAGGAAAACGUGGAAGCGCAUAAAGAAGUGCAAGCAAAAACAAAGAAAAACACAGCAUGCUGCAGCAGCAGUAAUUGAAUUGUGUGCGUUCUAUGCUCAGUGCAGCAGCCUUUCCUCAUCUGUUCCCUGCUGCUUGCUUAGGGAGUAGACGAAAAAAAAAAUACGAGAGAAAAGAAAAGUUAUUGCCUGCGCUGGCAAUUCAGUUAGAUGCCUUUUGCUGUGAGUCGCACAAAAUCUAGAUAAAUCGAGUGACAGCCAAAAUGAUGCGGCAGCUACAGUUGGUGUGAGACCAACAACAGCGAAAACAAAACACCGGACAUAAACGAGAUUACAUUUGCAACUACUACAACAACACCGCAAUAAAUGCCAAUUGAGCAACGGACACGCCGACAGCUUAGAACAGCCACCAGCUUUGCAAAUGUCCGGCAGCUAAAUUAGUUUUAAAACAACAUUGCAACGUAAUACCGAAAUUGGAGGAAGGGAAAAUACGCAACAGCUCUUAGAACGAUAAAUGUUUUAUGCAACUAAACAACCGAAAUCGAAAAUCGAAUGCCAAUCAACAAAGCGCAAAACAACAAUAUCUAACUAAACCAAUGGCAACAAUAACAACAACGAACUCGAAUAAUAUUCUGUGUUAACUAACCAAAUGAACAAUGCUUGCGGAUUUACGUAACUGAGCUGAUUUAAAUUGACCUGCACUGGCUACCCUACCCACUGAACUGCGCUGAGCAACAACAAUUGACUAUGUUUUAUAGUACUAAGACAGCUCAAGGGACAAUCGAGCAUCGAAUGCGAUCGAAUUAAAUUGCGGAAAUCAUUCGGAAAAUAGAUAUGUAAUUCGAAAAUAAAAACUAAAAUUAGAACAAUAAAAAAUUAACAACAAAAACAUACCACAUUUCAUUAGUUGCUGCUGAGAACGAAAUGCAUACAUAAAUAUUGUAUAUAUGUAGCUUUCGAUUGCAACUGAAUUACCUCUCUGGAUCGCCUCCACACCCACCUCCUUCGUGACACACUCGAGCGCAAUUGACAAGCGCCGUCACGCAAAAUGACAUUCAAAUUAUUUCGACGCGGCUCAGCGCGCUGUUUCGGUCUGCUGUCCGCAUUUGUCACGAUCCUACUCUGUCUUUACUAUAUUUCCAUGGGGCAACAACAACAACAACAAGUAACACUUCAGCCGGGCAAAGACACCACUGUCGCACUAAGUAUCGGGUUUGCCGGUGGCGGCGGCGGCGGUGGCGGUGCAAUGACAACUAGCCUGAAUUCACCGCUGCAACAAUUGUAUAAAACGAAUAUGCAUAAUGCCAAAGUGAGGAAUAUGCGUGGUGGGGGGAGUGAGGGGAAGAACGGCGCACAAAAAUUGGCCACUGGCAGUGGCGCCACCGCAGCACAACUGUCAGCAGGCGCAACAGCAUUAGACGGCGGCGACGGCGACGGCAACUUCAAUGUGAACGAUGGCAUCGACAUGGUCGCAAAUGGCGCGCCCACCAAGAAUCCUGAUUGGGGUGAUGUUUGCUAUGUGAUGGCUGAGAGUGACACGAAUAUCACCACGAAUGAGGAGUACGGGAAAUUUGAUUUUCAGCCUGAAUGGAUUCAUACAAAAGAGUAUUGGGAUCGCGGUUUCGAGGAACGCUUUGAGGCACAAAAGAAGGAUUUCAAACGACCUCCUUUGAAGAUCUUCGUGGUGCCACAUUCACACAACGAUCCCGGCUGGCUGAAGACUUUCGUCAAUUAUUUCCAAUCGGACUCUCGGCAGAUACUCAAUUUGGUCGUAACCAAAAUGCAAGAAUACACCGAUAUGACCUUUAUUUGGUCCGAAAUUAGUUUUCUACAACUGUGGUGGGACCAGGCGCAUCCGACAAAGCAACGCGCAUUGAAGAAAUUGAUUAAAUCGGGACGUUUCGAAAUCACUACAGGCGGUUGGGUUAUGACCGACGAGGCAAAUGUGCAUCUCUAUGCCAUGCUGGAUCAACUAAUCGAAGGCCAUCAAUGGUUGCGCAACAAUUUGAAUGUUACACCUACCGUCGGCUGGUCGAUUGAUCCCUUCGGGCAUGGCAGCACUGUACCAUAUCUGUUGUCUGGCAGUAAUUUCGAAGGCGCCAUAAUACAGCGCAUACACUACGCUUGGAAGCAAUGGUUUGCGCGCCAGCAAAAGGGCGACUUCAUAUGGACACCAUAUUGGCAGCAACGCGACAAAGCGCCAACACAACAUGGCAAACUACUAACACACAAUAUGCCAUUCGACAUAUACUCGAUUAAGGGCUCAUGUGGUCCACAUCCGUUCAUAUGUUUGAAUUUUGAUUUUCGUAAAAUACCUGGCGAGUACACCGAAUACUCGGUGAAGGCGCAAUUCAUAACCGAUGACAAUGUUGAAUCUAAAGCGCAAACCUUAUUGGAGCAAUAUUCGCGUACUGCCUCACUAUUUCCACACAAUGUGGCGCUCAUACCGGUCGGCGAUGAUUUCCGCUAUAAUAAGGAGCGUGAAGUGGAUCAACAAUAUACGAAUUAUAAGAAAUUAAUCGAUCAUAUAAUGGCCAAUAAGCGGCUGUAUAAUGUGGACAUUUCUUUUGGCACGCCUCGCGACUACUUCAAUGAGAUACGUCGACGCAGCACCUCCUUCCCGACGCUCAAGGGUGAUUUCUUCGUCUAUUCGGAUAUCUUCUCAGAGGGUCGUCCCGCCUACUGGUCUGGUUACUAUACCACACGCCCAUUCUAUAAGCUACUUAGCGCUGAUUUGGAGCACAAUUUACGCGCAGCCGAAAUACUCUUCACCAUCGCUUACAAUACCGCCCGCCAGCAGCAUCAUGUCAAUGCUAUAAAAAUAUUCGAAAAAAAUUACGAAAAGAUGAUACAUGCGCGUCGCAAUCUGGGUCUCUUUCAGCAUCAUGAUGCCAUCACGGGAACUUCAAAGGCCGCAGUGAUGCGCGAUUAUGGCAUGCGCUUGUUCGAAAGCAUACAAGAUGCGGUGAAGAUGCAAGAAUCCAGUAUUGAAAUGCUCUUGCAGGAUGGCAGUGAGCGACACAAUUUCCUGCUGAGCGAAUUGGAACGCGAUAAUUUCAGUAAAUUGCCACGUAAAACGCCAAUACCGCUGAGUGGCAAUGGUAUUGUUGAAGAGUUUGAUGAUUUGAAUUCGAAUGCUGCUGGCACUGCAUCCUUUGUGAUCUUUAACGCCUUAACACAAAAACGCUUGGAGGUGAUUACGCUACGCUCACCAGUGCCGAAUGUAAAAGUGUUGAAUGAGCUCGGCGAAGAGAUGCGUUUGAUGCAAAUCAACCCAGUUUGGAAUAUAACUGAUGCCUAUGAGAUGGGGCUGGGCGGUGGUGUGGGCGCCAACAGCGGCAUGGGACGCAUACGUGUUUCCAGUCGUCAGUAUGAAGUGAUGUUUAUUGCCGAAUUAGAUGCGCUCACACUUGCUACUUACACACUUGUGGUGGUGGACGAAAAGCAUUUCACUCAACCAACAAUGGCUACGAUUUAUUGUGACGGUUGUACCGAUACCACAGCGUCAGCGCCGCCAAAUACAAGCACAGACUUUGUAAUCAGAGCAAAACCGUCGGGUGAUAUUCAACUCGAAAACAAUUUCAUGCGUUUACUUUUCGAUGAAAAGAGCGGCUUUCUUAAGACAGUCACACGCAAAGGCCAGAAUGAGCAGGUCCUACGUCCCAUGCAAUGCGCUAUUAAAUUUGCGGCCUAUCGCAGCGCACAAUUCCAUUCAGGCGCUUAUCUUUUCAAGACCGAUCCUGAACAGAAUGAAGCUGAAAAGGAUGUGCUCGAUCAGUAUGAGGAUGUGCGUAUUAUCAUCUCUGCGGGUCCCAUCGCCAGCGAUGUUACUGUCAUCUAUGGUCCAUUCUUGGCGCAUACUGUGCGCAUUUUCAAUACGCACACCCACCUGGAUGCGGCCAUGUAUAUUGAGAAUGAUAUAGAUUUUGAGCCACCACCGAAGAAUCGCGAAACAGAGUUAUUUAUGCGUUUCGUCACUGAUGUCGAUAAUAUUAUAACGGUGAAGCGUGACGAUGUGCUGAAGGAAGCGGACACUGUGGCCGAAUUGCCGGUAUUCUAUAGCGAUCAAAAUGGUUUCCAAUAUCACAAACGUAUCAAAGUACCCGCAAUUGGCAUUGAGGGCAACUACUUCCCCAUCACAAGCGGCGCCUUCAUACAGGACUCACACGUACGCUUCACCUUACUCACCACGCAUGCGCAAGGAGCUGCCUCCUAUGAGCCCGGUCAGCUGGAAGUGAUGCUCGAUCGCCGUACACUGUACGAUGAUUAUCGCGGCAUGGGUGAAGGUAUUGUCGAUAGUCGACUGACACGACAUAAAUUUUGGGUACUCAUCGAAGAUAUGCCAACGAAAAAUGAAAACACCUACCAAAUACCCAGUUUAUUGGCCAAUCAACUUGCCAAUGGGCUACGUUAUCCACCGAAUUUAUACUUUGUCGAGACAUUCGAUGCACCAGCAGUGCAGCUGCAGCCAAAAGCAACACUACUCGAUCGCGAUGCGCUGCCAUGUGAUGUGCAUCUGCUUAAUUUGCGUACACUCUCCGAGGAGCAACUGCAGCUCUUUCCAUCUGCGUCAGCGUUGAUGGUGUUACAGCGACAGGGCUAUGAUUGUGCUGUUGGGCAAAAUAUCGAUAUAUCGCGUGUAUGUGAUGCAUCGGCGAGUGGUCUGGGCCAGUUGGGUUUCAAUAGGUUGCACAUUGCGCGACUGGAAACGACAAGUUUAACUGGCAUGCUGCGGGAGGGUGAACGCAAGCGUUUGAAUUCGUUUGCUGAGAUAUUGCUGAAUCCCAUGGAGUUGCGCACAUUUAAUGUGACAUUUAAAUUUUGAAUUAGCAAUUAGUUGAAUGUUUGGUAUAGAGUGUGUGUUGUUUUUUUUUUUUUUUUUUUGUUAAUGAAUGCAUGGGUGAAUGUUGGAGAGGAGUAGUCAUGGCGACUAUUUGCUUGAUUUUUAAAAAAUUAUAUUGUGGCUAUAUAUAUAUGUAUUUAGAUUAUAUAGGUGUGUAUAUUUUUGCUUUGUAUGCUUUUGU